AUGCCUAGUCUGGAAGAAAGACCGCCCUUCAAGGUGCUCGUCGUGGGCGGCUCGUAUGCCGGUCUUGCAGCGACCCUGAACCUGCUUGAUCUCUGCCACGGACGCAAGUGCCGGUUCAACCUGGACGAAGCCGAUAAUGGCCCAGGGAAGAAGGUGCCCGUUCACAUCACCAUUGUCGACGAGCGCGAUGGAUACUUCAAGGGAACUAACAAGCCAGUCCACCUGAUCGGGGUGCCUCUCGCCGUUGCCUCCCAGGAAUACGCCAGCUCCUUCUGGAAGAAAUACGAAGACAUUCCGGCUCUGCAGUCGCCGGAUGUCAACUGGAUGCAAGGCCGUGUCGAAUCCGUCGACUGCGAAACGAAGGUAGCUACGGUCCGCGGUACUGGCAGCCAGCAAGACAAGGUCUCGCAGGUGAAGUAUGACUACAUGGUUGCGGCGUCGGGGUUGAAGCGCGAAUGGCCCAGCGCGCCAAAGUCAGUCACCCGGGAGGAAUAUCUCGCAGAGACGCGGGAGUCUGUGACGGCCAUUGAGAACGCCACACAGGGGGUGGUUGUUAUCGGUGGAGGCGCCGUGGGAAUCGAAAUCGCCGCCGAGAUCAAAUUGCUCCGUCCACAGACCAAAGUCACCCUUGUGCACUCCCGCAACAAGCUGCUCUCUUCCGAGGCCCUCCCCGACGAAUUCAGCGCAAAGACACUCGAGCUGCUCCAGGAGUCGAAGAUCGAACUGGUCAUGGGCGCUCGCGUCCAGGAUACCAUCACAAGAAAGUCCGAGACUGUCACGACGUAUACCCUCAAACUAUCCGACGGCCGCGAACUCACAGCCGGUCAUGUCAUCAACGCCGUGUCGCGGUUCUCACCGACGUCGUCAUAUCUCCCUGCUGCGUCUGUCGAUGACGAGGGCUACAUCCGCAUCACGCCAACGGUCGAGUUUGCCGGCAACAUCCCAAACGCGCAGUACCACUAUGCGGCUGGAGAUCUGGCAAAAUGGACGGGCAUUAAGCGCGGCGGGGCCGCGAUGCACCAGGGCCACUAUGCAGCGGUCAACAUCCAUCAGAAGAUGAUGCAGGAGAUGUAUCAGACGGAACCGAAGUUUUUGUCCCUCAUGGAGGUGGCACCCAUGAUGGCGCUGGCGCUGGGUGCCACGGCUGUGGGAUACUUUCCUGCCACGGGGCUGUCGUCUGGGGACGAGGUCCGGAAUAUGUUCUUCAAUGAUGAUUUGGGGUAUAACAUUUGUUGGAAGUGGAUGCGGCUGGGAGAGCCCACUGCGUAG